GCGGUACCGUGCUGUACGCGGUGACUGGUGGCGGCCCGGCGGCGGCUCCCGGCGUACUAGUGCGGUCGACGGCUCAGAUAAGUUCCGUGGAGGCGGCGGUGGCGCCGACGAGGUGUUGGGCGACGGGAGCGGGCCCGGAACUUGGCGCUCAGCAUGCCGACGGUGGAGGAGCUGUACCGCAACUACGGCAUCCUCGCCGAUGCCACGGAGCAAGUGGGCCAGCAUAAAGAUGCCUACCAAGUGAUACUGGAUGGCGUGAAAGGCGGCACCAAGGAAAAGCGAUUAGCAGCUCAGUUUAUACCAAAAUUCUUUAAGCAUUUUCCAGAGCUGGCUGAUUCUGCUAUCAAUGCACAGUUAGACCUCUGUGAGGAUGAAGAUGUGUCAAUACGACGUCAAGCAAUUAAAGAGCUGCCUCAGUUUGCCACAGGAGAAAACCUUCCUAGAGUAGCAGAUAUACUGACCCAGCUUCUGCAGACAGAUGACUCUGCAGAAUUUAACCUGGUGAACAAUGCUCUGCUAAGUAUAUUUAAGAUGGAUGCAAAAGGAACGUUAGGUGGCUUGUUUAGCCAGAUUCUUCAAGGAGAAGACAUUGUUAGAGAACGAGCAAUUAAAUUCCUGUCCACAAAACUCAAGACGCUCCCAGAUGAGGUGUUGACUAAGGAAGUGGAGGAACUCAUACUCACUGAGUCCAAGAAGGUCCUAGAAGACGUGACUGGUGAAGAGUUUGUUUUGUUCAUGAAGAUACUGUCUGGGUUGAAAAGCUUACAGACAGUGAGUGGACGACAGCAGCUGGUGGAGCUGGUGGCGGAACAGGCUGACCUGGAGCAGGCCUUCAGCCCCUCAGACCCCGACUGUGUGGACAGACUACUGCAGUGCACGCGGCAGGCUGUGCCUCUCUUCUCCAAAAAUGUGCAUUCUACAAGAUUUGUGACGUAUUUCUGUGAGCAAGUUCUCCCUAACCUCAGCACCCUGACCACCCCAGUGGAAGGCCUCGAUAUACAGCUGGAGGUAUUAAAGUUGUUGGCAGAGAUGAGUUCAUUUUGUGGUGACAUGGAAAAACUAGAAACAAAUUUAAGAAAACUGUUUGAUAAGUUAUUGGAGUAUAUGCCUCUCCCUCCAGAAGAAGCAGAAAAUGGGGAGAAUGCUGGUAAUGAGGAGCCCAAGCUGCAGUUCAGUUAUGUGGAGUGCUUAUUGUACAGUUUUCAUCAGUUGGGGCGAAAACUUCCAGACUUCUUAACAGCCAAACUGAAUGCAGAAAAACUCAAGGAUUUCAAAAUUAGGUUGCAGUACUUUGCACGGGGCCUGCAGGUUUAUAUCAGACAACUUCGCUUGGCUCUCCAGGGUAAAACAGGCGAGGCCUUAAAAACAGAGGAGAACAAGAUAAAAGUUGUUGCACUGAAAAUAACAAACAAUAUCAAUGUUUUAAUCAAGGAUCUCUUCCACAUUCCUCCUUCUUAUAAGAGCACAGUAACAUUGUCCUGGAAACCUGUGCAGAAAGUUGAGAUUGGGCAAAAGAGAACCAGUGAAGAUACAAGUUCAGGUUCACCACCUAAGAAGUCUCCAGGAGGACCAAAAAGAGAUGCCAGACAGAUUUAUAAUCCUCCGAGUGGAAAGUACAGCAGCAAUCUGAGCAACUUUAAUUAUGGUGAGCGUUUUCGUUUGGGUACAAGCAGUUCAAGAGAUUAGUUAGAAAGUGAGCAGAGAGGAGCCUUCAGGGGAAAUAGAGGUGGCCGAGGUUGGGGAACACGAGGAAAUCGAAGUCGAGGAAGACUCUACUGAUUGUGACGUCACAUUCUUCAGCAUUGUCAUGAGAUUAAUAUACUUAAAUCUACUACUCAUUGGAUUGCCGGGGAUGUCCCUUUAAAAGGACUGCUGCCUUCAGCUGAAAAUGUAAUGUUCUUUCUACCUUUGUAUGUAUGAUCUACUUUUGUAAAAGACCAUGGUUGUGUCCAAGGUAAAACCACAACAAUAUUUUUGGAUGCUUUGUCUGCAGCCUUGACUUGUUUUCACAAUAUCCUCACUAUCCAGACUUCAUCUUGUGAAUCUUGCUUUUACACAUCUUGAUGGUUUGUCACUGAGAUCUGACUCUAUUGGAAAAGUCAGUCUAGCCUGUGAUCUGGUGAAGAUCAUCACUCUUGAAACGUUACUGUUCUCCUCCCCAUUCCGUUAGGUUUCUGCCCAACACAUGGAGAAGAGUUAAGAGCAGUCUUAACCUUCUGCUUUCAUUGUUUUCUAAGGAAGCUGCUAGGCAGUGUUGUCGCAUUCCUGCCAAGUCAUAGAAAUGAAGCACCAGCUUCUCACAGUGUACAGGCGAUGCCAGCCUUUUAGAAAGAACUUGCUUUGCAUUGCCCCUUCAGUCUUCUCCAUAUUUUGGGAUACAGCUUUGAACACAGGGUCUUAUUAUUUGAAUAGGAGUACAUGUGCAUAAUAUACGUACAGACAUAAGCAUAUGUUGUGUGUGUAUAUAUGCAUGCUAUGGAACUUGAGUGUACAACCAAUCAAUACAUUAAAUUCUCGGAAGGGGUCCUCUGACAUAGCGAUUAUCCCUUUGAGGCUGAAUCCAUUACUGACUUGGUAUCUAGGUUUUCACUCCAGUAGGGAGGAAUUUCAGUCAGCUGAACUUACAGAUUAUUAUUGUUGUUUAAAACUAAAAAACAAAGGCUGUUUUUACAGAGACAAAUUUAAAGACCCUUGUUGGUGAAAUACAGCCAGAUCUGGUGUACAUACAGGUUCCCACAGGAUCUGCUAGUGUAAUGUAGGAUUUGGAGACUUAAUAACCAGGGCUACCCAGGAGUGUGACUUGGUGACAUAGUACCAUAAAAGUUGCUCACUCCGCUUGCUUUUGCCACUUUCAAAUUUUAACUUCUCAGGUUAUUAAUCAGAUUAUUGUGUAAGUUAGCCAAUAGUCUUUAGAUUAAGGCAACAGACGGGAGGUUCGUGGAGUGUCUCAUGUUGGGCAUUUUUAGUAGCCCAGACUCUGUUCUUCAUUUGAAUGUUUCACACAUUUUUGUUCACAGUUAAUCUUCCAAGUUUACUAUUCAAGUCAGAAAUUCAGAUGACAUUUCUAGUGGUUUGCUGUUUUGGUUUUUUAUGUUUUUUGGUUUUUUUUGAGGUUUCAUUUCUUACACAGGUGUCUUCAUCACCAUCACUUCUACACUGGGGGAAAAACAAUCUCCUUUGUGAGAAUCACUGCAUGUAUUUAUGGCGAAAAUAUUUCUGAAAGUCUAGAGUGAUACAAGUGAGCACAAGAAGUUGGUCAGCUUGCCUAUGGAGUGCUGGCAAUAAACUCUGAACAUUCCACAAGCCUGAGCUGAACCUAGGCUCCCUUGGAAGCUGAACAGACAUAGGAACAUGGGAUUGCCAGCUGAAUCCUGUGACCAUCUAGUUAUGGACCUCAGAGAUAGAUCAGCGUGGCCUAAAGCCAUUUCAAGUACAAAAAUGAAUUGGACUAUAGCAACAUAAAUUUGAACACAGUAACUUUUCCUCUUUGCCUGAGGGCAUUUGUAAACUCGGCAGAAGUAACUUGACCUCAUGUCUACUGCAGAGCUCACUGCAUUCACCCCUCCUCAUCCUUUGCUUCCUUCCCCUUGCCUAGUCAGUAGUUCAUAACUUAGUGUUCCUUUUGCUUCAGAAAUCUGAAAGAAAAUCUUCAUGCCAUGAAUCUUUUUCUUCCGCAAGGACACCUGUGUCUCCCUUGUUUAAAUAAAUGUAAAUGCUCCCUUAUGCUUUUGAAAUAAAUUUCCUUUUGUAAUUUU